UUAUAAAGACUGAAUCCAUUCACUUAUUGAAAGCUAUUGGAUUCACCACUUUAAUUUCGAUCUUGUGGCAGUUUUUGAGUGUUAUACAUCCUAGUGUGCAUGGGGAUGAUUUUGGUUCUCUCUCGCAGACUUUAUAUAUCAUAUUCUCAUUAUUAUUACAGUGCAUAUAGAUAUAGCUUGGGACUUGUUUCUAUGUAUGCUGCCAAUUAGACAAUACAAGUUCUUUUAUUUUUUUGAUUAAACUAAACCUAUAUGUUAAACCCAUUAGCAACAACCAAUUUUUUUUUUUUUCUCUCAUGUACAAGUGUUUAAAUUGGAGUAGAUUAGCUGAAUAUCAGGUCAAACUGAAUUUGGUGCAUGUGGUGUGGCCUCUUCUGAUUUUUGAGUUAAUUUUUACUAUUAGCUUUGUUAAUAAUUCAUGUAAAGGUGGCAGCCAACACACUCACGCUCCAUUUUUGAGAAGGAAUAUUCAUAUAUACUUACGGCUCUGUUUUGCAGCCAAAGAGCAUUGUCCAAAGGUUGUAAUCGAUUUUCUGAGGAUUAUAAUCUAUGGAGCUUGGUGAUUGGAUUGGACCCUUUUCAAUAAAUAUUAACAUACAGUACUUCUUCCUUCAAAGGAGCUAGAAAGCAGGAGGAUUCUUUUUCACAAUCUAAACAGCUAUGUUUAGCUUUCCAGCAAUUUACAACUUUGGGGAUGCCAAUUCUGACACUGGCGCGGACUCUGCUACAUUUGGUCGACUUCCUUACCCUAAUGGUGAAACCUAUUUUGGUAAACCUUCUGGCCGGAUGUGUGAUGGACGUCUCAUCGUUGAUUUCAUAGCUGAGAAAGUGGGAUUACCUUUGCUGAAUGCAUAUCUUGAUUCUUUGCAAUCAAAUUUCCGACAUGGGGCAAACUUUGCUGCUAGUCAAGCUACAAUUCAGCCCGUAAAUGGUCAGUUAUGUGAGGGUCAUUAUAGCCCCUUAUCUCUGGGUAUUCAGCUUUUGGAGUUUGAACAACUUAAAGUGCGCACUUAUGAGUUUUACAAUGAAGCCAAUAUCUCGCACACCAAAGGCAAAGGUGGUCUGCCAAGACCAAAAGACUUCUCAGAGGCCCUUUACACAAUAGAUUGUGGACAAAAUGAUCUUUAUUUUUUAGUUACAACAAUGACAGAGGACCAAGCCAAGGCAGCCAUCCCUAAUAUAACUAAUCAGUUUGUUCAAGUCAUUGAGAAGCUGUACCAAGAAGGAGCACGGAAAUUUUGGAUUCAUAACACUGGUCCCAUCGGGUGCUUGCCAUAUAUGGUUAUGUACCAUUCUAAGGCUAAUGAAGUAGACGAAAUCGGUUGCAUUAAGUCUUACAAUGAGGUUGCUCAAGAAUUCAACAAGCAGCUUAAAUACAGAACUGACCAACUAAGUUGCGACCUUCAGGGUGUUGAGGUUACAUAUGUCGAUAUCUAUUCAGCAAAGUACACUCUAAUCAAAGAAGCAACCAACCAUGGGUUUGUUGAUCGUUUUGAGUAUUGUUGUGGGAAUGCUAAUUGCAAAUGUUGGGAGAAAUCUGAAACAAAUGUAAGUGCAUGCAGCAAUCCUUCACAAUACAUUAGCUGGGAUGGCUUACAUUAUACUGAAGCUGCAAACUAUUGGAUAGCAAGCCGCAUUGUGAAUGGCUCAUAUUCAGAUCCUCCCACUUCCCUCCUGAAUGCACGUUGACAUCCUUCUGCACUCCUUAAUUGUUAUCCACCAUGUUUUUCCUUGUUUAGUUAAGUGUUCUAUCUUGAAUUCUUCGUCUAUGAAUCCUGGCGGAGGCUUAUUAUAAAGCAAACGUGUAAUAAAUAUUGCUCUUCAUGUGCGUAUUUCCAGCACAGACCCCGUGAAAAAAUACUAGCAAUAAAUUGUUUUCACAUAGUUUAUUAUAA